GGACCGCGCAGGCGCCGCUUCCGGGUCAACAUGGCGGCCGCGUGGCUGCUGCUGCGCGCUCUCCGCCGGGGGCCGGGGCCGGGGCCGGGGCCGGGGCCCGGGCGGCUGCGGGUCCCCUCCUCCGGCUGGAGCCCCGGCUGCUCUGCCGCGGCCGGGUGGAGGUGGCCGUGUGUCGUCCACAGGCCUCAGAUGGGUGUCGCCGGGCCUGGAGGCAGAGUCCUGCAGAGUUUCUGGCUGCAGCUGCUAGCCCCUGCCUUUGACGGGACCAGCAGGUUGUUGGUGAAACAGCAUCUCAUCCAGGACCCGGUCAGACUCUGGAAACUUUUAGGAGGCACUUACUACUUUGACACCUCGAGGAGGAAGCAGAAGACUAAGGACGGUGAUAAAGCCCAGGGGAGGAGCCCUGACGAUGACGAAGAGGAGCGGCGGCGCCGGGAGCGCGAGGACCAGAUGUACCGCGAGCGGCUGCGCACCCUGUUCGUCAUCGCCGUGGUCAUGAGCCUGCUCAACGCGCUGGGCUCCAGCGGCGGCAGCAUCUCCUGGAACGACUUCGUGCACGAGAUGCUGGCCAAGGGCGAGGUGCAGCGGGUGCAGGUGGUGCCCGAGAGCGACGUGGUGGAGGUGUACCUGCACCCCGGCGCCGUGGUGUUCGGGCGGCCCCGGCUGGCCUUGAUGUACCGCAUGCAGGUGGCAAACAUCGACAGAUUUGAAGAGAAGCUUCGAGCGGCCGAGGAGGAGCUGAACAUCGAAGGCAGAGACAGGAUCCCCGUGUCCUACAAGCGGACGGGGUUCUUUGGAAAUGCCCUCUACGCCCUGGGGAUGACGGCCGUGGGCCUGGCCAUCCUGUGGUAUAUUUUCCGUCUGGCUGGAAUGACAGGACGGGAAGGCGGAUUCAGUGCUUUUAAUCAGCUUAAAAUGGCUCGUUUCACAAUUGUGGACGGCAAGAUGGGGAAAGGAGUCAGUUUCAAAGACGUGGCAGGAAUGCAUGAGGCCAAGCUGGAGGUCAAGGAGUUCGUGGAUUAUCUGAAGAGCCCGGAGCGCUUCCUGCAGCUCGGCGCCAAGGUCCCCAGGGGCGCACUGCUGCUCGGCCCCCCCGGCUGCGGGAAGACGCUGCUGGCCAAGGCAGUGGCCACGGAGGCCCAGGUGCCCUUCCUGGCGAUGGCCGGCCCGGAGUUCGUGGAGGUCAUUGGAGGUCUUGGCGCGGCCCGCGUGCGGAGCCUCUUCAAGGAAGCCCGCGCCCGGGCCCCCUGCAUCGUGUAUAUCGACGAGAUUGAUGCCGUGGGCAAGAAGCGCUCCACCACCAUGUCCGGCUUCUCCAACACGGAGGAGGAGCAGACGCUCAACCAGCUGCUGGUGGAGAUGGACGGAAUGGGCACCACCGACCAUGUCAUCGUCCUGGCGGCCACCAACCGAGCUGACAUUUUGGACAACGCCCUGCUGCGGCCAGGCCGGCUGGACAGGCACGUGUUCAUUGACCUUCCCACGCUGCAGGAAAGGAGAGAGAUCUUUGAGCAGCACCUGAAGAGCCUGAAGCUGACGCAGGCCAGCAGCUUUUACUCCCAGCGGCUGGCGGAGCUGACGCCAGGCUUCAGCGGCGCUGACAUCGCCAACAUCUGUAACGAGGCUGCACUGCACGCCGCGAGGGAGGGGCACACGGCUGUGCACACGUCCAGCCUGGACUACGCGGUGGAGCGCGUCGUGGCCGGGACCGCCAAGAAGAGCAAGGUCCUCUCCAGGGAAGAGCAGGAGGUGGUUGCGUUCCACGAGUCAGGCCACGCCCUGGUGGGCUGGUUGCUGGAGCACACGGAGGCCGUGAUGAAGGUGUCCAUCGCGCCGCGGACCAACGCAGCCCUGGGCUUCGCUCAGAUGCUCCCGAGAGACCAGCACCUCUUCAGCAGGGAGCAGCUGUUUGAGCGUAUGUGCAUGGCCCUGGGCGGCCGUGUGGCUGAGUCCAUCUCCUUCAACAGGGUCACUUCCGGGGCGCAGGAUGACCUGCGGAAGGUCACCCGCAUCGCCUACUCCAUGGUGAAGCAGUUCGGGAUGGCGCCCGGCAUCGGGCCUGUGUCCUUCCCCGAGGCCCAGGAGGGCGCCGCGGGCAUCGGACGGCGCCCCUUCAGCCAGGGCCUCCAGCAGAUGAUGGACCACGAAGCGAGGUUGCUGGUGGCCGCGGCCUACAGGCACACCGAGAAGGUGCUUCAGGACAACCUGGACAAGCUGCAGGCGCUGGCCAACGCCCUGCUGGAAAAGGAAGUGAUCAACUACGAGGACAUCGAGGCUCUCAUCGGCCUGCCGCCCCACGGGCCCAAGAGGAAGAUUGCGCCACAGAGGUGGAACGAGGCGCAGAGGGAGAGGCAGGAGGCGGGGGAGGAGGAGGUGGCCCAGCAGCACCCCCUGCAGGGGGAGGAGCCGUCCUGGCCCUGACGGCUCCUCCUUUCAGCCCUCGCGGGUCUCCACGGAAGGCCCCUGAGGCCUCUCCAUUGACUUCCCUGCCUGGACGCGUGAGCGUCCCUGCAGAGGUGGAUGGCGUUGCUUGUCUGCAGGCCGUGCUCGCCCAUGGCGCGUGGCCUGGGCAGGCCCCCCCCACUCCGGCUCCUGAGACUUGGUCAGGAUGCCCAAGGCUCCCCUGUGAAAGGGCCUCCGAGCCCCUUGUCGCCUCGUUGCGGGUCCCAGUCAGGGACAGGCGUGGGGCCUGGAGGAGUAAAGUACUGCCCCCCACUGCUGCGUGGACGGGCACACACGAGGGCCUCUAGGCCUGCCCGCGGACUGUGACACUAAUAAAUGCUGUGGAUGGA